UCUGUCAGCCCAGCCGAGGGAAAGGGGGGAAGGAGAAAAAAAAAAAAGCAGCUGAAAGGUAAGCAGAGGCGGCCCCAGGCCCGGCCCACAUCCCCGGGCUCCCGUAGGGCGGCGGGCUGGGCCGCGCAGGCAGGGCGGGCGGCGAGCGCGCUUACGUGAGGACGGGGAUUCGCCGGCCCACGCCAGGCCCCGGGCGGAGAAUGAAAGGACAAUCUGCUUCAUCUUGAUUCUGCAGCAUUCCAAACUGUGGUAUCCUUGGGGUUCUCUUAAGAUUGCUAUGGUGCAGAAGAUUUAAAAUCAGCUGAUGUUCACAAGGAAUAGAGUCACGUGAUGUAUGAAGGGAAACAUAUACACUUCUCUGAGGUUGACAAUAAGCCCUUGUGCUCAUAUAGCCCCAAACUGUGCAAGCAGCGGCGACUCAACGGCUACGCUUUCUGUAUCAGACACGUUCUGGAGGACAAGACCGCCCCCUUCAAGCAAUGUGAAUAUGUGGCAAAGUAUAACAGCCAGCGCUGCACCAACCCCAUCCCCAAAGCAGAGGAUCGUAGGUACUGCAACAGCCACUUGCAGGUACUUGGCUUUAUCCCGAAAAAAGAGAGGAAGAAAAAGAAUGAUCCUAUAGAUGAGGUGAAGGUCAGACACCAGAUGGAUACGAUGGCCUUCAGCCUGACUGUGCCCACGCUGGCCUUGAAGAUGCCCAAUGGACUGGAUGGAAUGUCCCUCUCUCCACCUGGGGCAAGGGUCCCUCUCCACUACCUGGAAACAGAGUUGGAAGACCCAUUUGCUUUCAACGAAGAAGACGAUGACCUAAAGAAAGGGGCAACUGUCAGAAAGAAGUUGCAGAGCAAGUUGGCCCAGAAUCGGCAGCGCCAGAGAGAGACCGAGAUUUUGAAAGUUCGGCAAGAGCACUUUAGUCCCCCACCUGCACCUUCACAGCAGCAGCCUCCGCAGCAGCACUCCCACCUGUCACCUUUAUCCACUUCUUUGAAACCUCCAGCGCCACCGCAGGGUUCAGUCUGCAAGUCACCUCAACCUCAGAACACCAGCCUACCAGUGCAGGGAGUGGCACCCACCACACACACUAUAGCACAAGCAAGGCAGUUGUCUCACAAGAGGCCUCUGCCCCUCCCGCCAUCCAGUAGGGCUCCCCUCACGGACCCACCCAGGACUGACCGGGUCCUGAUGAAAGCCACAGCCUUCUCUCCACACUUCUCUUGUAUAAGUCGACUGCAGAGACUGGUGAAACUGUGCACCCAAAAACAUCAGUUGGACACUGAUCUCUUUCCCCAUUUAGGAUUGGACUGGUCUGAAGAGAGCGGAGAGGAACUGGAGGACUCAGAGCAGGCCUCUCCAUACCAGGUUGCAUGGUCCAUCCGAGAAACCCUAAGAUAUGAAAGACACAUGUCAGAUGACGAUGAUACGGAGAGUAGGAGCUCCAGGGUGACCCAACUUUGCACUUACUUUCAGCAGAAAUACAAGCACCUCUGCCGCCUGGAGCGGGCAGAAUCUCGUCAAAAGAAAUGCCGGCAUACAUUCAGGAAGGCUUUGCUGCAGGCAGCCAGUAAGGAACCAGAGUGCACUGGGCAGCUCAUACAAGAACUGCGGAGAGCUGCAUGCAGUCGAACCAGCAUAAGCCGGACCAAGAUGAGGGAGGCGGAAGCAGCAGCAUGCAGUGGGACGGUAAAGGGUGAACAGUGCACUAACAGAGCCCUGCCAUUCACCAGGCAUUGUUUCCAACAUAUCCUCUUGAACCGCUCUCAGCAGCUCUUCUCAAGUUGCACAGCCAAGUUUGCAGACGGGCAGCAAUGUUCUGUGCCAGUUUUUGAUAUUACACACCAGACACCUCUGUGUGAGGAACAUGCCAAAAAAAUGGAUAAUUUCUUGAGAGGUGAUAACUCCCGUAAAGUUCAGCACCAGCAGCAGAGGAAACCCAGGAAAAAAACCAAGCCUCCUGCUCUUACCAAAAAACACAAGAAGAAGAGAAGGCGUGGACCUCGUCGACCCCAAAAGCCCAUUCCCCCUGCAGUCCCCCAAGGGAACCUCAGCAUGCCCACCAGCGUCUCACUGCCAGUGGAGGCCUCUCAGAUCCGGAGCCCAUCCACGCCAGAGCUGAGUGCUGAUGAGUUGCCGGAUGACAUUGCCAAUGAGAUCUCCGACAUUCCACAUGACUUGGAAUUGAACCAGGAGGACUUUUCAGAUGUCCUGCCGCGGCUACCUGACGACUUACAAGAUUUUGAUUUUUUUGAAGGAAAGAAUGGAGACCUCCUCCCGACUACCGAAGAAGCUGAGGAGCUUGAGCGGGCCUUGCAGGCUGUAACUUCUCUCGAGUGCCUGAGUACCAUUGGAGUCCAGGAGUUGUCGGAUAGAGGAAUAGGGGUGUUCUCCACAGGUACUGGAGCUUCGGGAAUCCAGUCCUUGAGCCGAGAAGUCAACACGGACCUAGGAGAGCUGUUGAAUGGGCGUAUAGUACAUGAUAAUUUUUCUAGUCUAGAGCUGGAUGAGAACCUGCUCCGUUCUGCUACCUUGUCUAACCCACCUACACCCCUGGCAGGGCAGAUCCAGGGGCAGUUCUCUGCCCCAGCCAACGUUGGCCUUACUUCUGCCACUCUGAUCAGCCAGAGUGCACUUGGGGAGAGAGCCUUCCCAGGACAGUUUCAUGGACUUCAUGAUGGCAGCCAUGCCUCCCAGAGGCCACAUCCUGCCCAGCUGCUGAGCAAGGCAGAUGACCUGAUCACCUCACGACAGCAAUACAGCAGUGACCAUUCACACUCCUCACCCCAUGGAAGCCAUUAUGAUAGUGAGCACGUGCCGUCUCCCUACAGUGACCAUAUCACAUCUCCCCAUACAACAUCCUACUCUGGUGAUAAUAUGGCAGCUACCUUUUCAGCAGAGAUGCCCAUCAUGGCGCAGCACUUGCUCCCAGCCCAACUUGAGGUGCCACUUGGAGGAGUGGUAAACCCCAGAACUCACUGGGGAAAUCUCCCUGUCAACCUUGGAGAUCCCUCUCCGUUUAGCAACCUUCUCGGCGCAGAUGGACAUCUUCUUUCCACUUCCCUAUCCACGCCACCCACCACUUCGAACUCAGAGACCACACAGCCUGCCUUCGCCACCGCAACCCCCAGCAGCUCCAGUGUGCUUCCGGGGUUGCCACAGACCAGCUUCAGUGGCAUGGGGCCUUCUGCUGAACUAAUGGCCUCCACCUCUCCCAAGCAGCAACUCCCUCAGUUCAGCGCAGCCUUUGGCCACCAGCUGAGUUCUCACAGUGGCAUUCCUAAAGACCUGCAGCCCAGCCACAGCUCGAUAGCCCCUCCCACAGGCUUCACGGUAACAGGUGCCACAGCUACAAGUACCAAUAAUGCAUCUUCCUCUUUUCCCUCCCCUAACUGAGUGUGUCUGUGCAUUUGCAGGCAGGUGGGGAACCCGGCAUUUUCUUUGUUUCCUCCUUAGCACCCGUGUCCCCUUUUCCUAAAGAAAAUUUUAAAAAUACCAGGUGGGGAUUCGAGGGGCACCCCUUUCCCAGUUCAGCAGGUGGCCCUGCGGUGGACCUUGCUUCAGUGUUCACGUGUGCUCCUUAGCACUGGUGCUCAUUCCCUCCUGGCAGGUCCACGCAGUCCCGGUGGUUUUCCUAGUGGUUCAGCACAGUGACUGGAUAGGAGUGAUUUUCAGCAGCAAGUCCUAGAAGUGGAAGAUACCUCAGAUAACCAGUGCCCUUUACUAUUUCCUAGUAUUCAGAUCAGUGCUUUCCAUUCUAUUGCCAGGUUUUUACGUAGGUGGUUCGAGAUAGAAUGAUCUAUUGAUUGAGUUCCUGGGUAAGAGGUAGCAGGUGGUGUGUACUGGAGGCAGGUCAGGGCAGUGACUUAGCACUAAUUGUUAAACACUGCAGUGAGGCUGGGAUGCCAUUGCCAUUCGCAAUUGUGUUUAAUGGAAAGGAAAAAGUCAUCUUUGACUGGCUGUGAGUAUGCAUACACCCACACAUGUAUUUUUGUGCAGUACAGAAUGCAGCUGUCCUGUUGGUUUGCUCCCCCCCCCCCCCCCCGGAAGGCUCUUUCCUCCUUUCCUACAUCUCACAACCCUAAUAAGGAUAGUCAUUUUCCCCACUCAGUUAGCCGAAGUUUCCUGAAUAGGGAGGUGGCAGUCUGAUCAUGUGAGUAGCACAACUCUUUUCUGCUAAAAGUUGGCCCAAGAAGAAAUGGACCACAAAAGGCUGCAUUUAUGUUGGCGGCGUGGGGUGUCAGGAGAAGCUUGCCCGGAGUGACUGCCAGGCUGCAGAGGUUCUGGGGUCUGGUCACUUGGCCUCUUCAGACAUGCAUUUGUUUCUAAAUCUCUGUCAUGAAAUACAUUUGUGAGAUGUAAUUAAAGAAAAUAUUUUGAUGUGAAAAAGCAGGAUAGGUCAGAUAGAUUUGAGAGAUGAAAUCUGUGAACUCCUUGAUCCACUUUUUGCUUUUGAAUUUUUCAUGUUUACAGUAGUGAUUCUUUGGUGAGAUCUGUAAACUGUUGAAGACACUUGUAGAAUCAGUGAACCAGUUGUGAAGUGGUGUGUAAUAUCUGAAGGAUGCACAUUUUAAAGUUUCUUUCAAAACAGAAUAUGGAAUUUAGACAUAAAUUUUACCCACCCUUUGGUACUUUUAAAAUAAUUUAAAUACUUAGGUUUAAACAAAUUUGGACAUAGUUUUGGGAAAUUUUUUUAAAGUACCACGAUUUUAGGUUUAAAAUCAUGUUGGAUAGUUUAGCAAGUUGGUGACUAUGAAAUGAAUAUGUGAGGUUUCUUCUUGCCUGCCUUCCCCCCUCCCCCAGAGAAGGUAAAGCUUUUAAAGGCAUCUCUAUUCUGCUUUUGCUAAGAAGUUUCACUGUCCUUUGAGAUACCAUUGGCUAUUUAUACCUGAGUCUAGUCUAAUUUACAUACAUAUAUAUCUAUAUUUUAAAGGAUAGUAGAGAGACAUAUCUAUUAAUGAUGUGGUACAAUAAUUCAUUUGUCAGGGAAUAUUUGAUUUUAAUUCCUUUCUCAUAGGUAAAGAUUUGGAUGUAUUUUCCUACUUCCUGUAUGUAUUCUCUAUGCCAUGCUAGUUCUAACCAGUCCCUUCUUUUCAAAGCUUUUCUUUCUCUGCUUUUUAAAGGAAUGAUGGUGAUCAGCAGGCAUUAUGCAGAUACCAUGUGCCUGAUAUGGAGGGGAAAUGUCACAUAACUGUAUAAAUAAUCAUUAUAUGCCCUAUUUUGUAUUUAUUGAAAGUUUUUUUUGGGGGGGGGGGCCAAAAAUAUGUUUGUAAUAUAUUUAGUUUUUUUUUAAAUCAUGAUAAUUGAUUGGAAGAUUUAUUUUUAAUAGCUUUGCCUUUUUUGCAGAUUGAGAAAUUUCUAAAUUAUAAAUUAUGUCACAAAGCAAAAUUAUAUUUGGUAUCACCAUAAAUUUCUAUUCUGAAUGGUGAGAACAGAUAAUUUGAAUAUUUCUCACCUGUAAACUUAUGUUAGUAAGCUUUUUUAUUUUAAUGUACUGUAAUGAAAUGAUUAAGAGUAGUGACCUCUGCUCAAAAGUGUCAUUUAGUUUGCUGAUCUAUUUUCACAUCCCAUUAUAAUCAUCACUAGAGAACUGUUCCUUACCAGCUAUUUGGUGUAGUCUGCGUUGUGCACUAACUAAAGGUUGUGGCAGAGCUGCGUAUUGACUGCCUCAUCAGCCCUUCUUUGACAGUGAAGGGAGUCGUGGGUAGUCAAUUGGAACUUUUUCUGGCUAUGUGUCCGUCUUAUUAGCUGCUUAAAAUUCUUCAGUUAUGAAAACUGAGUUUGCAGUAAGUUGCACAUUUUAUUGUUUGCAAUUUUCUGUUUUAUGUGCAUUUAAAAGCCCUUCUCUGCUUUCUAGUAAGGAGGCAUGAAAUGAUCAGGAAUGUUGCCAGUUACAGCUUCACACCAAAAACUUUGACUCAGUUCAUUUUUGUUUAGAUGCCCAGGGUGAUAGCUGAGGAAGGGGCGGUCUUAGAAGGCACCAGUGUAGAGUUGAGGACUCAGCAAAAACACACUUCUCUGCUCAUUUCAUCUACUUCAAAUCAAAUAUCCAAGCUUGCUGUGUGCUUUGCUCUUGUUUCUUUUGAGCCCUCUUUGGAAGAGAGAAGAACAUCUGUAAGCCCAGAGAUAUCAUUAUGUUUUUCUUCCAGCUAAUGGAGCAAUUCUAGUCUAUUAGUAGUAGGUUUGUUAUUAAUAUAUAAAGAAAGGAAUGAAGUGUCUUUUAUUCCAGAAAUAUGAAAAUUAGGGUCUUUUAAAAUAGCACUUAAGCUUUCAUAAGGCAAUACUGGAAUCAAAAACAAAUCUUGGGUAAGGUCCUAAUUAGAUGGAAACUAGCUUUUAUUCUAGGUUUAAAUGUAUGAGAAACAGUGGCAAAGAAGGCUCACUCUGUUUCUGCAGUUCUCUGGGACCAUUUCUAAAGGCCAGUUAGAUUGUGUCACUGUGAGUUCAUUUACAGAGUUGCUGCAGGUAAUGGGUGCAUUCUGUCCCCUGAGAAUCUGAAUUCCAAUCUAAUGUGUGAUAAUCCCUGGCUCUGAACUAUAGCAUCUGAAGAGAAGAUGGGCUUUCUUUCCCUCACUCUCUACAUAGCUAUUUAUAUUAUUUUAAUAAAAGUACUUAAGACAUCAUUUUUUUUCUUCUGUAAAAAUAGCUUAGCGAUUUGCACAUCGGGGUAGGUUGUGUAGCUACAAAACAAUUGACAACAGUAAGCAUCAAGUACACUUAUCCGACCAAGAGACAGACUAUGCAAUGGAAGGAAUUUUCUAAUUAUUGUGGCAUAGCUUAUACAGCAAGGAUUAUUUUCUCCAGUAAGCCUACCCUGUGUGAUAUAACUGCUUUGUAAGUGACUUUCUGAGCAAUUUCAUGUUGAAAGGUGGUGUGGUGUGUCUAGUGUCCCCCUGUGAAAAGAUAAUAAUUUAAUGAGAAGCAAAUAGUAGGUAUGGAAGUCAAUCUGGAAAUUUUUUUAAAGUUAUUAAAAAUUAAUGCUGCCGUCAUUAGUGGCUUAAGGCUGAAGAAAGUUAAUCUUUCUCUUUGCCAAAUACUUAUUUAUGAUUUAUUUCUUAAAUAAGCCUGGUCUCUCAACUAAAGAUUAAGAGUCAUCAUCUUCUGUCACCAACACUACAGCUUUUCCUUCUCAGAGCUUACUCUCAGCCAGGAUCACAGUCCCCAGGAGCAAGGGCAGUGCUUUGGCUAGGGAGGAAACCAUCUCUAUGAGACACACAGCGCCCUGCCAGUGCGGUGCUCGUCCAUGGAAGAGCUGACAUUGCUGUCGAGCUGUGCCAUCCGGUUUUUUGGAGAUUGGCGUUAGAACGUGAGCAUGUGUAGGCCACUGCUGUGCUAUGGGUUCACUGAUCCCUAUCUGUUGUCCUGCCUGUGCCCUGGAGUCACCAAGGAAGUAGUGGUUGAGAGAGUUCAUUGGCAGUGCUCAUGGGGCUCUUUCCUUUGCUCCAAGUCGGUUCAGAAGGUUGUGGAUCGGUAUUGCAGAAAGAUGAGGCUGUUAACACUAAACUCACUACUUAAUAGAUUUGAAAUUCAUGGAAAACUGUUUUCAAUAUUUUGUUUUCAGUUUCUUCAUCCUUAUGAGCCUCUUAAAAUUCCAUUAAAUUCUGUUCUUAAUCUGGUAAGUGAGGAAUAAUAGAGUAGUCUACUACAUGGUCAACAAAAUCUCCAGUUUAAUGAGGCAAUUUAGAGGAUUCUUUGAAAGAAAAUUUAGUCAUACUAAACAGUAUUCUCUGUAUCUCAUUCAUUGCCAAUACCUGCAUUGUUCCAAGGAUAUUUUUCCUGACAAAAAAAAUGCAUUUCUGGGGAUAUAUAUAUAUAUAAAACAUCUAUAUUAUAUAUAAACAUAGUAUAUACACACACUAUAUAUCUACACAUAUACACAUAUAUAGGGUGUGUGUGUAGAUAUGAAAAAACAUCCCCCUCCCCCCAGUAAGUUGAAAAUACUGAAACUUCAUUGUACAAAAAAGUAAAACAACGUAAUGACUACUUAAUAUCUUGACUUUUACGGCUUUCCUAUAGGACAUUCUGGAGGGAACCAAAAUCAUGUUUAGUGGUAAAAAAGUAACAUUUUACAUGCUAUCUUUGAAGAGAUUUGUAAGAAAAUGCCAGUGAAGAACGUAUUCAGGUAUCUCUUAAGCAUUUUCACCUGACCAGCGAGUUAGGGAAGAAAACAUAAAACACAUGAAUAGUUAACAUCUUUUCUAAUAACCAGUGUCUUUGAUGCUAUGAUUGUGGGUUAGACUUAAGGAGCCUUAUUUCUAAGUAGCAAAAAUCCUUUUUCACUCCAGCUCUUACUUUGAGUUACCUUUCCUGUCUGUUAUACAGAGCUAAUAAAAGGAAAUGUAGCAUUUCAGAGAGAGAGAGAGAGAACAAAUUUGGUGUGACUUUCUUUACCUGUGUCCCUGAAUAUUGCGAAUAUUCAGCUAGUUUGAAUGACAGAGUUUUUGGUGAUGUCAAGUUUAGUCUGAAAAGCAUUCUUAGGAGAGAAGAACUUAACUUGUGGGAAACCAUGCUGGGCUGCACAGCUUUUCUCCUCCCCUUCUGCCUACUUGCCUCUCCCCGGCCCCAAUACAGACAUGUACGUGCACACACCUCAUCUGUGCUCAUCUUGGCCGAAGAGUAAUGGAGUCCUCUUUUUUCACUUGUCCUGUUUUAAUUUGUUUGUUUCUUUAAGCUGGGGACCACUGAAGUAAGGUCUAUAUGCACCCAAAGUUCCCCUUGGAAAAAUUUUCAACAUGCAAUGGAGAAGGCUCGAGUGCAACUAAAUGCCACACCAUUGCUUUUACUUGGGGAACAGACUGAUUUGCCCUGAAAUGACUCCAGCCUGCAUCGUUAAGGUACAGUUGGUUCCAACGAAUUAGUGCUGAAAUGAUGGAAAGUUGGACACUUGUUGACAUUGUCUCCGUCUGUCUGGAAGGGUUGAAUCAGUUCCUCUCAACAGUGACAGUUCUUUUCACUGUAUAGUAUUGAGUAUGUCUCAGGGAUUCCUUGUGGAAAUUAGGGCAGUUUUUAAAAUAAGACAAUAGUUUUAAAAGAAACUAAAGGUGACUCAUCAUUGAAGAGAGCGCAAGAAAGAGAAAACAUUUGGUUUCAUUGCCCACAGUGUCUUGCAUAGGACUUUUUCCUUUCUCCUUCAGGCUCUCAUCUCAGCUUCAGCGUACAGAAUCCUUUCCCAUCAUGCACAGCUUUAAAACUUUUAUUUAAAAAUUUCCUUCCCCAAUGAGCUUUCAGAAUACUUAUUGUAGAUUUUAAGAGAAAAAGGUAUAUUAAUUUAUGCUAUUAACAUCACCUCAUAAAUUAUAAGUUUUAUACUAAAGCUGUAUUGAGUGUAAUGAAUUAUGUUGCCUAUGUGUUUAAUAGCUAAAAAGUUAUAUAAGAGCUUCUUUUUUUUUGUUUUGUUUUGUUUUUGUUUUUGUUUUGACAAAACAAACUAGUGAAGCACCUUUUUACACUGGAUCUCUGCCGUGUCAAGGUGUAUAGCUAUCCUUUGCUACCUUGCAGAUAUAUAAACUGAAAGGAUAUCCUGGGGCCUCAAAAUGUAGAACACCUUUAGACCAUUUAUUGCUCAUACAACUGUUGAGAAUCAUGUUCUUUAGUAAAUGAUCUGUGGUUUACACUUAAGAUGACUAAAAGCUUAGUUACAGGGUAAGUAAAAAUACAUAGAUCAAGAAAACUCCAACUACUGUAGCUGGAAUUUGUAAACUAAGUUUUUAAGACCUCUUUUAUUUCCUAUGGAUUUAUUUUUUAAUUUACAGUUCAUCCUGUAAGUUGGGAAGUAAAAUAGAGAAAACGAUAAAUCUAGAUGUUCUCAGUGUCUUAUUCAGGAAAUUUUUAUCCCUCCUCACUAAGGAAUUCCCACUGUGACUUAAAAAUAGAAUUAAUUAAAUAACUUGUGUGCAUGUAUAUGUCUGUGUUUUUACACACAUGCAAAAAUAUACAUCGGGGGCACGUGUGUGAGAGUUAUGAAUGUGUGCUUAUGUAAAAAUAGAGAAUGGUAACCAAAUGUAUUGUAGAAAUAUGAUUUAUUUAGUUGAGGGUAUUAGAGUUACUUUCUCAUUGUCUCUGUUGUAUAAAUACACCAAAUUCUUAUGUUAAAAGGCUAGCUCUGAUAUCAUGUGCAUUUUAUUUUAACCUUUGGAUUAAUUUAUGCUAUGUUUUUAAAUUGAUGGUGAGAAACAGUAGAUUCUAAGACCAGCCUCUCAUUUUGAGCAUAAAAAUAAGAGGGGUAAAGAGAGAGAAAGGGGUGGGGGGAGGGAGAGGACUCAGACAGGAGCUGUGUUUAUCUGUUGGGGUGAUGGGACCAGAGACCUAUUAAACUUUUUUAUGUUAGUAAUAGAUUUCUUCAUAUUCUGAGUAAUAAAAUGUUGUCAAUUGUCUUUUCUUGGUAAAGUUAGAAGGAGUCUAGGACUUUUAUAAAGAAUUCUUUGAAGGGGCUGCUUUGUUUAAGGAGUUGGUGGGAUCAUUUCACUGUGCAUAUUUCAAAACAGGUGAUUUUAAUUACUUCCAAAAUGUUUUUUUUUUUUUUUAAUUUACUCAUUUGUGUUGUAAUUUGCCCCACCCCCAUACUUUGGCUAUAGGAAAAAGUAUGCUACCCUUGACUUUUACCUAAUUCAUGUGGAAUUUUUAAAAAUGCAUUCCUGUAUUUUAAGUGUCACUUUGCUAUACAUUCAUUACUGGGAUAUCUGGUUGUCUCAAACAGUGAAAACUAGAGUUGUUAUUAAAUGCUCCAAUCACAUUUAUUUUUAAUAUUAAAAUCAAGUACUUGGAAUAUGUCAAAACAACUUCUGAUAGUACAGCUGAGUUUGUAGUUGUCUUUUGAAGCUCCAUUUACUUCAUCUUAGAUAUGUUCAGGAUCUUGGAAAGCUUUAUAUGUUGCUCUUUUUUACACUUGUGUUUUUGUAGCAUCUCCACUUUCAUUACUCUUGCUUUUGGAUUUUAGAAAAAUCUGCAUAUUUCUUGUACAUAUGCAUGCAAAUGAAAGAAGGGAGUUUGUACUGGUGCCAUUUCUCCCUUCAGUUGCUGGUUAAUGGGAUUUGCUAGAAUAAAUUCUCCCUGAUUGAAGGGUGAAAACAGACCCUUUUGUGUAUAUCUGUACAGAGAUGUGUGUAUGGGAUGUGGUGGCACUUUGCUGAAUGUGAACUUGCCUUGUCAAUGGAAAGAUUGAAAAGUAUUAUGUUUAUUUAUACAUUUGUAUAAAUCUAUAUAUACACGUAUGUAUAUGUGUGUGUAUAGAUAAAGCUAUAUACAUAUAUUUCCCUAAAAAAUGUGUGUGUAUAAUAGGUAAACAGACUUUGUCAAACUCUGGAUUAUUCUGUAAGACAGAGGUGAUGGUAUAAACACGUCAUCGGAGCAUACUAAAAUGGAAGUCCUGUGGGUUAUAGUCUUGUUGCUGGUUAUCCUAAAUGAACCUCUUCUAACUCCUCUCACUUCAGUUCUACGUUCCAUCUUCACUGCAUUGUUCUGGUCCAUCUCAGUUAAAAAAUAAAUUGUCCCCCUCCCAAGUUAUGUCCUUUCUAGCUAGAAGCGCUUGGCUUAAGCACAUUUCAUUAUUUCUUGGUUGUUUUCUUUCAAAGAUCUUUAUCUCUGAAAUGUUCCCUGAAGAUGUUAAGUUGUAGUCAUGUUUCCUAUAAGAAUCUAGUGAACUGAGUAGUCAUCUUUGUCUCAAAAAAACAAACAAAAAGCCAACAUCCAAACAAAACCUGUUUGAAAGUUUUACCUGGAUGAUUUUGGGAUAUUUGACCAAAGCUGAAAAAGAAUACAAUUAGGACUUUAUGAUGGAUAUUAGUGCCAGGUUUAUUUUCAUACUUAACUGUCAUUUAAAGUUUGAUUUACUUUGUGGUUUAGUUAGAAUUUUACCUCUGAUUUUAAGAAAAGCAUACAAAAUCAUAGGUAAGCCUCGUGAAUUCUGGAACUAAUUCAUUUUUCUCAUGAUGAAACUGCUUUGAUGAAUUCUUGUGUAAUGACUUCUGCUCUAUUUCCUUUUGACUUUUCUCACAGUUGUGACAUUCUGUUUUAACUUUGCUGCAGCUCUCUAGAAAACUUGCAUCCCUAUAUAUUGUGCCUUUAAAGCUCUUAUGCACACACAGACAAAAGUGUAUAUAUACAUGUUGGGGCAUGUGUACAUAUACUUUGGUAUAUACUCACACAGUAUGUCUCAUAUAUUGUGGGAGUGGAUAUAUAGAUACUCAGAGGCAAUGCAGUGUUGCUCUCUGGAUAUAUAUGUAUAUAAAUAGUGUUGAUAUGGCUGUAUAUACACAUGUAUAUGGAUGAGUUUUAAAUGGCAAUCUUUUACAUUUAGCAAAAUGCUGCCCCUACUGGAAUAUUGUCACUGCAAUGGCAGUUGUAUGUAAUGACUUAAAAUACAUUAUCAGAAAUUAUUUAAGAACAUUUAAAAGUCUCAUCUGAAGACACCCACACAUUAUUUAUUUAUCUUCCUUUUCCUUUUUUGUUAUGUAUUUUUGACUGAAAGGGAGACUUUUUAAAAUGCCAUCUCUCCCAUGAGAGACAAAGUUCACUUAAGGAACUCUGUGCAUUUUUCCUCUUUUUGACAUGGAGAUGUACCGGGAACCAGCCUGUUUACUUCAGUCAUAAAGUGAUCCUAAUAUUUCCAUUAGUGUGUAUCAUCCACCAUCUCCUAGAUCAACUUAAUUCACCAAUUUGCCUCUUCCUUUCAUUAAUAAAUAAUGAUCAUUAAGAUCAUUUUGCCUGGGGGGAAGUUAACUACUCUCUUGCUGCAGGGAAAUAUAUCACCUAAUUGUUAUUCUGCCUUGUUCAAAAUUCAACUUUGAAAAAAGACAGCUCUCUCUUUAAACUGUCUUAAGCACAUUUUGCAUUUAUUUGGUUAAAGGUCUUCCCAAACUGUUUAUUUUUUUCUUUUUUGAAAUUACUCCAAGUUGCGUGUACUUGACAGAGAUUUAAUUCUUAUUCCUCACAGCUUCUAGUAUUUUUCAUUAGUGUAUCAGUGUAACACACUGAGUGCAAGAACAUGAAGGGAAAAAAACAUUAGAUAUCAUUUUAUUUGUGAUGAUUUGGCAGCAGAUUCCAUCUCAAGACCUUGCAGAGAGAGAAGGAUAGAUAGAUGGUCCUAAAUUCCAAGAUGUUACAAAAACUAGUGGAGUACGAGUACCCCAGAAGACUAAAUUACAGAGGUUGGGGUCUGAAUGAUUUCACAGAGCACCCGAGCUGGUACUUGAUAUCAGAAGCAGCCUUUAACAAAACGCCUCCUGACUCUUGUAUGGUACUAACUGGAGGGCUGACGUGUAAGUUAACACCAAGUUGCAGUGGGAAAUCAAAGGUGAGGUAGCUUAUUUGAAACCAGUAAAUGACAGACAGGUUGGACAGUUUUCAAGUCGCUUCUAAAAAAGUAACUGCAUGGUAGCAAGGACUAGCAGUUCUCAAAGCCUUUCUUUUUUCAGUGUUCUCAUUCACCUUGGCACACGUAAGCUUAACAGGCCAUACAUUAAAUCUAUCUAUCUAUCUAUCUAUAUAUAUAUUUAAAAAAAAAGCUGCUUAAAGGGAACUUACAAACUGAGCAUCUUCAUUUCUCUAUUUAAUAGUGGCUGCAAGCUUAGAUAUAUGCACAAAAACCAGGAGCCACUUGUUUCUGCAGACGGGAGAGGGUGAGGAGGAGUUGGGCAGGUCUUGAUAGGAGCCCCCAGUUCUGGUGGAAGGGCCUAUCCAUGGCAUUGGGUGCGGUGUUGCUUGGGGGGACCACUUCUUGGGAGGUGAUGGGCUUUUCGUUUGUAAUUUCCCUUUAAACAAGAAGAGACGGCUCACAUUUUCCAUCUAUAUCUCAAUGAAUGUACUGUAUUACUGUUUUAAAAAUUUGAUGAAUAAUAAUGGAUUGGUCUCCUUUUGUUAUCUGGUCCUUGUUUAAUUUGUUUAAGGGUUUUUGUAUACAAAAGUUUACAUUUUUAUGUAUAUUUUUCUUGUGUAAAAACUGAUGUAAUAUGUGUAUAAAACUCUGUAUGUAUUAUCUGUAUAUAGUGUGACAAAAUGAUUUUUCUUUCUUUCUUUUGGAUGUAUUAAUAAAUCUUGCUGUGAAGUA